AUGAAUAAAGUUUUCGCCUUAUUAUAUCUGUUGAUAGCCUCUUAUUCUUACGCAGUUCCACUAGUUCUUGAUAAGAACACUGCUAAGGAUAAUAGAGUUGCCAAGUAUUACUAUUAUACCUAUCCAACUUCUGGCAGUUACGACCAAGCUGUCGUCAGAUUCGCAUAUUUACUGCCAAAACUUGGCGCUACUCUCGAUGGACUCAGUACUACCGCAAAAUUAACACCAAAGCCUCUCUCAUUCCUCAAAUUCAACGAAGGCGAAGUCCUCACUCUUCUGUUGGCAUUUUCUGACUGCAAGAAUUGGUAUGGAGUUCUUGCAGAAUAUUAUAGCGAACCCUUGGGAAGUUAUUACAAGGUAUACGGCUAUGAUGGGAAAUUGCAAUAUCUCGACUUACCUUCAUUAGCUAGCUUCCUACAUGACAAUCUCACUAGAUAUUAUUAUGAAGGCCUAGUAAAGAGUGGAUUACCAAGCCACGCAUUAGUCCACCUUCUGGGAAAGUAUUAUUAA